AUGCAGACAGGAGGCAGUGUGGUGGUCUCGAGCCCUUGGCAAUGGAUCUGGUGUCUUUUGCCAUCGGGCAGUGCCAACAGCAGACCCAGGACAACCUGGCUGUGGGGAUGGCAACCUGACCUCACUCCACGUGUUCCCACAGGCAAGAUGUGGGUCACAGAGGGGCCGGCCCCAGCCCAGUGGCACCUGCGGGACGGGGCCCAUGCCAGACACUUCCUGACCACAGCCAAUGACCUCCGCACCGCGGGACAGCUGGUGGAUGUGGCCGUGGGCCCCGAGAGUGACAUGGCUCACGCUGUGGUCUUAGCCUCCGUCAGCUCCUUCUUCCUGUGUUUCCUGGAGGACAGGACCCGAGAGAUGCGCCGGGGACCCCCAUCUCAUGUCCCCCUGCCACCAGGGGCCACACUGUGGGGCUGGCGGGCCCUCCUGGCCUUUGCCUAUGAGGGAACUGUGCCCCACGGCAGGGAGAGGGAGGUGGAAGAGUCCGCUCGUGUCCUGGGGGCUCCACGGGUGGUGGCUGCCUGUGCAUCCCGGACAGAGAGCGACCACCAGGAAGGGGGUCCUGAGGCCCUGGAGGAGCAGUGGGAGACAUUAAGAGCCAUGGAGCAGCUGCACGCCAGCGGCCUGGGCUGUGACCUCCAGCUGCAGGCAGGGGAUGAGGUCAUCCCAGUUCAGCGGCUGGCCCUGAGCUGCUCCUGUGACUUCUUCCGGGCUCUCUUCACUUGCCCCAUGCGGGAGUCGACCCACGACCCCACAGCCCCGCUGAGCACAGGACUGACCCCCGCAGAGCUGCACCUCCUCCUCUCCUUCGCCUACACGGGGGCUGUGGUCGGUCCGUGGUCCACAGUCCUGGAGGCAGCCGAGACCUCCCUGCGCUACCAGGCCUGGGGGCUCCUCACCCUCUGCCUGGAUGUUUUCACCCACGGCCUGACCCCAGAAAUCGGCCUGGACGUGCUGGCCUUUGCGGUGGCUUACGGGCUGGUCCAGGUGAGCCGCACAGCGGAGGACUACAUCUUGGCCACCUUCCCUACCAUAGUGGCCACUCCAACCUUCCUGGAUCUUCCUGCCCACCUUCUGAUCCGCCUCCUCCGCUCUGACGGUCUUAAUGUCCUCCACGAACUGGAGGCUUUGGAAGCGGCAUCCCGGUGGCUGAAGGCCAAUGGAGAUGGCAAAGAGGACCUAACCAAGGAAGUUCUGUCGUCCGUUCGCUUUGCCCUCAUGUCCGGCCAGGAGCUGAAGAAGAUCCCAUCGGUGACGGCGGGGGUGGUGGACCCAGGGCUCCUCCGUCAGCUGGUGGUUGAGAGUUUGUCCCCCAUGGUCCAGCUGCCGUGCCGGGUGCGCUCCUUGCAAGAGGUGCUGGUGGUUUGUGGAGGAGACAAACUGACGCCGAACAUGGCUGCCCGGAAGCCCAGCAGGAACCUCUGGUUUGCCCACCGCUACCUCAACGCUGUGGGGCUGGUGAAGCACGUGGAGUGGAGGGCAUUGGGGAACUUUCCUGACGGUCCGCGCUUUCGCCAUGCUGUGGCUGUGGUAGGAAACACCCUCUAUGUCCUGGGUGGAAAGCGCUACUACGGGAUCCGUGACACCCUGGCCAGUGUCUACAGGUAUCAGCCCAUGGACAAUUCCUGGGAGCGCCUGGCCAGCAUGACCUGCGGGCGAAGCUACUUUGCUGCUGUGGCGCUUGAUGGCUCCAUCUAUGCCCUGGGGGGCAGCUCGGGUGAUCUCUACUGCACGGACACUGUGGAGUGUUAUAACGUGGCCUCUGACACCUGGAGGAGGUGCCAGUCCCUGCCAAUGGCUCUGUGUGGACACGCAGCGUGUGCCCUGGAUGGUGCCCUCUAUGUGUCAGGGGGGUGUGAUGAGGCGUACCAAUGCCAGACAGCCCUUCUGCGCUACAUCCCAGGUGCACCAGCCACACUCCUGGCCCCUAUGAAUGGCCAGAGAGCUGGCCACAUCAUGGAGGAGGCGGGUGGGCAGCUCUAUGUGGCUGGGGGGCUGUGCCAGCGGGACGGGCAGACUGGCUACAGGGACCAGCUGGCCUUUGAAGUCUACAGCCCCAAGCUAGAUAUCUGGGUCCUCCUCAGCCCUUUGCCCCACGCCCAUGUAGUGGGGGGUGCAGCUGUGCUGGGGGGGGAGCUGCUUGUGCUUGGAGGGUACAGCCAUGAAACGUACCGGGACACCCACCUGAUCCAUGCCUACCAGCCGGGCGCCCGGCGCUGGAUCACCCGGGGCACUUUGCCCCAUGCCUAUACUGACCUCCAGGUGUGUGUCCUCACUGUCCCCCCAGCACUACGUGGCCCCAGUUGCCUCGAGGACUCCUCAAGAUCACCUGAUGCCCUCUGUAACACUUAGGGGUCAUUCAAAGCUCUGUACUCCAUACUGGGCAUCCAGUGGGCACCUCUGUGGGGCAAAAUUUUCCCCAGGUUCCUCCCCAGGGAGUCCCCUGCGCUGUGGGGCACAAAGACCACACUGCACACCACCACAUGUACCUUCAGGAAUGCUCACGAUGUCGCCCCACCACCCCAAGCCCUUCAGUGGGAGCUGAGGAUCUCCCAGUUCCCACACAUCCUUGUACUGAAUAAAAGAGGCUCCUGAAA